UCCUCCGCGGCCGCUCAGCGCGUCUCUCCUCCCGGCAGCUCUCCUCUCUCUCUCCUCCCAGAGACCCGGCCGACGCGCACUCUGUAGCGGGGAGGCGGACUGCGGAGCACCGUGACGCGGGCAGCGGGUCGACCAUGGCGGCCAAAGAGGACCUGUACAGCAAAAUACUCCCGCGGAGGCUCCGGCAGACCCGGCUGGGUUCUGUGAAGACGGGCUCCAGCCUGGACGUGCUGUUAUCCAUGGGCUUCCCGAGACCAAGGGCACUGAAGGCUCUGGUGUCGACAGGAGGUCGCAGCGUUCAGGCAGCAUGUGACUGGCUCUUCUCCCACGUAGACGACCCGUUCCUGGACGACCCUCUGCCCAGAGAGUUCGUGCUGUACCUGAGGCCCAGCGGACCUCUACAGAACCAGCUGUCUCACUUCUGGCAGCAGAGCCGGGUCACCUGUGGGAAGAACAAGGCCCACAACAUCUUCCCCCACAUCACCCUCUGCCAGUUCUUCAUGUGUGCAGACCACAAAGUGGAGGCCCUGACGGAGGCGCUCCACUCCUCCGUUGAUCAGUGGCGUGGUCGGUUCCCCUCCCCUCUCCCUCUGGAGCUCUACACCUCCUCUAACUUCAUCGGCCUCUUCGUGGAGGAGCAGGUGGCCGACGUCCUCAAGCUGUUUGCGGCCGACUUCGCCUCGGAGGCGGCCAGGAAGGCAGAGGUCCACGUGGAGCCUCACAAGAAGCAGCUCCACGUCACUCUGGCCUACAACUUCCCCACCUAUCACCUCCCGUCGCUGGAGAAACUGGCCAAGGGCAUCGAGGUCAAGCUGGGCUGUGAUUGGCUGGCGGUCCUCUUCUCCCGGGACAUUCGCUUUGCAAACCACGAGACCCUGAGGGUGAUGUACCCCUACACGCCUCAGAACGACGACGAGCUGGAGCUGGUUCCCGGAGACUUCGUCUUCAUGUCCCCGGUGGAUCAGAGCAGCAGCAGUGAGGGCUGGGUCUACGGGUCCUCGCUGGCCACGGGGCUGUCCGGUCUGCUGCCGGAGAACUACGUCAGCCUCGCAGACGAGUCCGAGACCUGGGUCUUCCACGGCUCCCAUUCCUUCUUCAGCUGUGGGCCCAGUGACAAGACCAGUAAGGACAGAGGGAUGUUUGACGGGCUGCUGGACGGCCGACGCACCGACAACACCAGUCCUGGAGACACACCCACCCUCAGUCUCAUCUGUCAUCCCAUGCAGCAGGUCCUGCGGAUCAGCGGCGGUCACUCUCGGCAGCCCAAGCGGACUCUUUUCGUCUGUCGUCACGGUGAGAGGAUGGACGUGGUCUUUGGUAAACACUGGCUCUCCCUCUGCUCCGACAGCAAAGGUCGAUACGUUCGCUCCAACCUGAACAUGCCUCCCAGUCUGCCGCUGUGGGGGGGGCAGAGGGACUACGACAUGGACGCUCCCAUCACUGUGUUCGGAUCCACUCAGGCUCGACUAGUGGGUGAGGCCCUGUUAGAGAGCAACACCACCAUCGACUUCGUGUACUGCUCUCCUGCUCUACGAUGUGUUCAGACGGCUCAGAACAUCCUGAAAGGUCUGCAGCAGGACGGAAAGCUGAAGGUGCGGGUGGAGCCGGGGCUCUUUGAGUGGACCAAGUGGGUUUCUGGGAACUCUCUGCCGGCGUGGAUCCCCCCCGCCGACCUGUCUGCAGCCAGCUUCAGUGUGGACACAACGUACAGACCUCUGAUCCCGGUCAGUAAGCUCUCGGUGUCGGAGCCCUAUGAGAGCUACAUGAGCCGGAGCUACCAGGUGACCAAAGACAUCCUGUCCGACUGCAGGAACACCGGAAACAACGUGCUGAUUGUAGCCCACGCGUCCUCCUUAGAGGCCUGCACACGCCAGCUGCAGGGCCGCGGUCCUCAGAGCGCCAAGGACUUCAUCCAAGUGGUCCGAAAGAUCCCGUACCUGGGCUUCUGCUCCUGUGAGGAGCAGGGAGUCGGGGUGUGGCAGCUGGUGGACCCUCCCAUCCUCCCCCUCACACACGGACCAAACCACUCCUUUGACUGGAGGGAGACUCUUCUGCAAGAAUGACAUCAGAUCUUAACCUGAGCAUACUGGGCUCAGACCAGUUUCCGACCAGUAAACCCCCAAAA